GCCAUUUCGUCACCCGCAAACAUGGGAGAUGCCCGCUUUGAACUUUGACAGAAAUGCCAUUGAGACGAUCUGCGGGUCACGAACCUGCAUUGGGACGGACGAAAUGCGGAGCGCAGACUUACUCGUACUUUGACAAGGCAAGGCUGCCAGUGACGAUAUAACUGUACCCAUAGGGAAACAUGUUCGUGGCAGAUUCAACGAGAUGCAAAACCUGACGCCCCUUGAAGAGGCCCGUGCAAGGCGCUUCCAACGAGCGUCGUCGCAUCAUCACAUAGACUACAUGCACUCGUACACGUUGCUGAACUCGGUGACACCGCUAGCGCUGGUCGCGUUGAAUACCUCAAGGUCAAGCAUAGGCUUCAAACAUGGCUCGUACAGUGUUUGGGCCUACUAUCAAAACGUUUCCAACGACCAACAACAAGCAACCAAGAAGCUUUGGGCACCCGAUCCAUUAUUGGCCAGGGCUCAUCGGAGCGGCAAAGCAUCGUGCCACUCGUCAAUGCCCAUCCACUGUACUGUAGUGCAAGUUGCCCUUUCGCCAGCACUGACGAAAUUGGACACAAACAAAGGGCCCCCCCCCGCCAGCCCCAGGGCUACGCGAAAAACGUUUUGCUGUUGGUUCCGUCCACCGUACCAGCGUACUGGUCACCGGAUCUGCUGCCUUUCCCAAUCAGCCGAGUGGCGAGCGGAUGCACGAGUCGUCUGGCGGGCUGUUGCAAGCCGGCUGGAAUGCUCAGCUGAGAGCCAAAGAGAGAGAGAGGCGAGUAUCCGUACCGUGGCCUUGGUAUCGACACCGAAACCUUGCCCUCGGGUUUUUUGGGGCUUAACGAACAGGCCAAUCGGCGGUGGCAAGGGCGGCCGCAGCUUACUCAGACGCUCCGAUCCGUUUAAACCUGUUCUUGCGAAAUAGAAUGUGUGUGGUUCUAUUGGCCUUUUGGGGGUGCUCAUGUCAAUCAAUAGUC